AUGGCGAUGGCCGCGCGGCCACAGACGCCCUCACAGGAUGCAUACAUGAUCCCGCACCCCAACGAUCCGGGGGCUUUGAGUCGCGGAUACGGCCCGCGUUCUACUCUAUCGCGACCGAACUCCUUCGCCGGCACAUCAGUAUACCACUACGGCUCCGGCGCCCUCGAGUCGUCGCAGGUCCCCUACACACCCCCGAUUCAAGGAGGACUUCGAUACCGCCAGUCACCGCAGCUCGAUGUUCGACGGCCCUGCUGGAAUGCAACGGUCUGUCUCUACCAUGUCGCACGUGCGCUCUACAACCCCGUCCCGUGCGAGCACUUUGCGGAAGAAGACCUCGUUAAGCAAGAAGGGAAGCCUGCGGCGCAAUGGGAGCCGGAGAAGCAUGCGCGCGGGAAGUAUGGCUCGGACGAUCUGAAUAGUGCUUUCGCGGUUCCGAUCCCUACCACCGGUAACCCGACCGAGGUGCUGGCAAAUCGGUUUGGAGCUUGGCGCAAGCUACUCAAGGACUUAAUUCUCUUUUUUAAAGAGGUGCAGAAAUCAUACGAAACUAGAGCGAAGCUAUUCCUGUCCGCAUCAAGUGUCGUUAAUAGCCAGUCCCUUCCGCCAGGUCUACUUACGUCUGGUGGUCUGGCUGAUGCAACCGAGAUUCUCCAGAACUUCCACCGACAGGGUUAUACCGAGGCCAAUAAAGCUGUUGAGGUGGAGACCGAGGUUAUCAGCCAAUUGACUGGCCUCCGCAACGAUCUCCAGAAGAAGACUAAGGAGAUCAAGAGUCUUUCGGGCGAUUUCAAGAAUACCGUCGAGAAGGAAAUUGAGGGCACGCGCAAGUCCGUACGAAACUUGCACGAGGCUCUUGGACUUGUCGACACCGAUGCCUCUGCGACAUCGGGCAAAGGUGAUCCCUUUAUCCUGCGCCUUCACGUGGAGAGGCAGGUUGAGAAGCAGAUUGAGGAGGAGAACUACUUACACCGGGCAUUCUUGAACCUGGAGAACUCUGGUCGUGAACUGGAGGGGAUUGUCGUGAGCGAGAUCCAGAAAGCAUACAAUGCAUAUGCUAGCAUCCUCCGACGCGAAGCCAAUGAAGCUCUUGACACCGUCGAGAAGCUUCAGGCGGGUCCGAUCUCCAUGCCCCAGGAUCACGAGUGGAAUCAGUUUGUGUCUGAUACAGAUGAGCUCGUCGAUCCCCGGAUUCCUCUCCGAGAUGUGGAGAGCAUCACCUAUCCCGGCAAAGAUCAUCCAGCAGCUGCCGAAGUUAGGGCUGGUAUGUUGGAGCGCAAGAGCAAGUAUCUCAAGAGUUAUACCCCUGGCUGGUAUGUUUUGUCGCCAACACAUCUCCACGAAUUCAAGUCGGCAGAUCGUGUAGCAUGGCAGACACCCGUAAUGUCGCUUUAUCUGCCAGAGCAGAAACUCGGCUCCCACUCACAGCAAGAUUCAAGCUCCCACAAGUUCAUGCUGAAGGGCCGACAGACUGGCGCAAUGCACCGAGGCCACUCGUGGGUCUUCCGUGCCGAAUCUCACGAGACCAUGAUGUCCUGGUAUGAAGAUAUCGAGGGCUUGAGCAGCAAGACAGGGGAGGCACGAAACGCCUUCGUCCGCCAGCACGUUCGCAGCGUGAGUGGCAGGUCAGUGAACGAGGUAAUGGAGGAUGAUGAAGCCGAUCGCACUCCAUACUCCGCAGGCUCUGCUGUCAUGACUCAGGACCGACCAACAUCCUCCCGCCAAGCUGGAGGUGCAUUUCCCAGCGACGUCCAAAUUGACCGAAACAACCAGGCAGCCUUGUCACGUUCCAGCGGGGACAGCUCCGCUGGCAGAGAUAUACUAGGAGCUGCUGGAUCUUACCCCGAUGGGUCCAGUGCUUUUGAUCACAGCUUGCGACAAGUAGAUAGCCGUGAAGGAGACCAUUCCUACCAAGGCUACCGAUCCAAUGAGGGGACCAUGGAAAGGUCUCGCCCCAAAGUUGCCCAACACGACAGCUACUACGGUGACUGGAUCGGACCGUCUGUGAUAGUGGCUAAGCAGAGGCAGAGCCAGCAGAUGGAAAAUCCGAACUCGGAUGACCGCGAGAUCCGGUCCGAUGGAGACCAAGCUUCUCUGGCCGCGAUCUCGGGUGUCGGUAUUGCUGAUCGUCGCGAUCACUCGGCUCCUGCCCAGUUUGAUCGUCGGGGGAGUGUCUCUACAGCGCCUACCAACACCAACGUAACUGAGACUACAUACAAUACCAAUCCUACCUCGGUAGAUGAGCAGGAGACCCAUAUCCCCAAGAUCCACACCCUUGACCCUGAUGUUGGUUCUAUCGAUCAAGGUCCCGAGCCAGACCGAGCCAAGAUGCCAUUCGAUUUGCUGCGCACCAAUACAGACAGCAGUAUUGCCCUGGACAUGAAGAUGCCAGGCCGUUAUCCUCCUACCAAUGUGGCAGCAUAA